AUGGCAAAGACAAGGAGAAAUCACAUGGGAGACCACCGAUCUGAAGAUGAACACCAAUCCGAAGCAGAUACCGCCGAGACGAUCGACGAGACUAACAUGGCCGAGAUGGUGAAACAACUAAAGGAGGAAAUGGCCGCCAUGAAACAACAACGAGAGAAAGACGCUCGUGAGAUGGCCGCUUUGAGGGAAGAGAAUGCUGCCUUGAAAAAUCAAAACAAAGAUCCCACUUGGAAACCUUCCGAGCUGACUCAUACCCAGGGUUCGUUCCACUCGCUCAGACAUACAUCUCUUCCCCACACUUCCACUGUCGCCCCAGGAAACCACGCCUCGGCUGCUCAAGUUACUAGCCGACCCGCAUACGCUCCACCUAUCGGAGCACACCGACACCCUUUCACCCCCAACAUAAUGCAAUCCUGCCUUCUAGACCAUUGGAAGUUCCUUCCGAUAGAUAAGUACGAUGGGACCACUGACCCCGACGAACACGUCGAUAUUUUCCUCACCCAAGUCACACUCAGCACCACCGACGAUGCCGCCCUAUGUCGUAUCUUCCCAACAUCUCUGAAAGGAAGAGAAUUGAGUUGGUUCACUCGUCUCCCGGCCAACUCAAUAGACUCUUUCAACACCCUCGCAUCCCAGUUCACCAUCCAGUUUGCCACUAGCCGACCCCACCAUUUGACCUCCCUUGCGCUGGUAAGCAUAAGACAAGAAAAGAAGGAAUCCCUUCGGGCUUUCAUGACCCGAUUCAACAAAGCAGCUCUCGAGAUUCGAGACCUCAAUCCGGCCGUUGCCCUCCAUCAUUUGACUACAGCCCUGAAGCCGGGACCGUUUGCUAACAGUAUAUGCAAGAAACCCCCGUCUGACAUGGAUGAUUUGCGGCGCCGCGCCGAUAAAUAUAUGCAGAUGGAAGAACUCGCGGAAUUCCACAAUCAGGCCAGGGCGGAAGUCUCGGCCAAGGCCGAGAAACCAGCCGAAGGCUCAUACCGUAGUCGUCCCAAGGACCUCGUCUCGAGAGAAAAGCCUAUUCGAGGACCAAGGUACUCCCACUACACUCCUCUAAACACCACUCAAUCACCUGUACUAGACCAAGCACUCACGUCGGAGGUCCUGGCAGUGCCAAAACGUGCUUCAACUCCCCCACGCGCGGAUACUACCAAGUCUUGCAAAUACCAUCGCAACCGGGGUCACUCAACUGAAGAGUGCGCGGCUCUGAGGGACAAGAUCGAGGACUUAAUCAAACAAGGACAGCUUCAGCAUUUUGUUGAUCGACCUCGUUCCCCCCGACAUGAUGAUCGUCGGCACCGUCGAGAUCAACCCGAGCAAGACAGAUCUGAUAGACGUCCUUAUAGGGAACGAAGUCGGUCGAGAGGCCGAAAGGAAGACAAGCCGACGACUCAGCCCCGAAGAGUCAUUAACACUAUUUCUGGCGGAUUUGCUGGCGGAGGCGCUUCCUCAUCGGCACAAAAGAGGCACCUGCGAGCUGUCCGAGCCGUACACGCGGUGGAACGAACUCAACACAGGAUACCGGCCAUCACGUUCACAGAAGCAGAUUUCAAGGGCAUUGAUCCUGACCAAGACGAUCCAAUGGUCAUCAGUGUCGAAAUUCAGAACUGCAUCGUUCGAAAAACGCUGGUUGACCAGGGCAGUUCGGCCGAUAUUCUGUAUUGGAAUACAUUCAAACAGCUCGGCAUCCCGGAGGCCAAAUUAAUUCCGUAUAAUGAACCCUUGGUCGGAUUUUCAGGCGAACAUGUACAGACGAGAGGAUACAUCAAGUUAUCCACUCGUUUCUCCUUUGAUGGAGCCGAAGCUCGAGACAUUCCGGUCAAGUACGUGGUUGCGUACGCCAACAAGUCAUAUAACAUCCUUCUCGGCAGGCCUUCUCUCAACAGACUGGGUGCGAUCGUAUCAACUCCGCACUUAGCCAUGAAAUUCCCUUCCGAAUCAGGCUGA